AUGAGUUUGAAUAAGUUUAUUCUCGUUGUUCUUCUUGGUAUUCUUGUUUGCACUGCCACUGCAAGGAAGCUUGCUGGUAUAGAGGGUUCUUUUAAUGAUGAAAAACACUUAUCUCGCCACCAUUGGGGACAUGGUGGAUUAGGAGAUCCUGGAGUCGGAUAUGGUGGACCUGGAGGUGGAGAUGGUGGAGCAUCUGGUGGUGGGUUUGGUGGAGCAGUUCGUGGUGGAUUUGGCGGAGGACCUGGAGAAGGUGGGUUCGGUGGAGCACCUGGUGGUGGGUUUGGUGGAGGACCUGGUGGGGGAUAUGGUGGAGGACCUGGUGGCGGCUUUGGCGGAGGACCUGGUGGUGGCUUUGGUGGACCUAGUGUAGGAUUUUGUGGAGGACCUGGAGGUGGAUUUGGUGGAGGACCUGGAGGCGGAUAUGGCGGAGGACCUGGUGGCGGAUAUGGCGUAGGACCUGGUGAUGGAUAUGGUGGAGGACCUGGAAGCAGAGACAGAUAUGGUGGAGGGCCUGGAGGUGGAUAUGUUGGAGGAAAUGGGGAUGGAGAUGGGGGACCUAGAGGCGGAGACGGUGACAAACCUGGUAGUGGAUUUCAUGGAAAAAAGAUUUAG